ACAUCCCGCCAUAAUCAGCUGACCGCUCGAGUCGAGUCGCGAAUGUAAACAAACUUCCAUUAUGCUGAGGACGAGCAAAGCAACGCAAAAGCACUUCCUUAGUACGCCGCUCUGCUCCGUGGACUAACAACUGUUGCAGCACCCGACUACCGAAAAGAUCUGUUGCAAAGGCCAGGGAGGAGAGGCAUUGUUUUCGCCAAUAUUUUGCUUUAUUCUGUGAAUUUAGAAUAAAAAUGUCUGAGGAAAACUUCUUCGAUAAUCUAAAGAAAGAUGUGUCUUUUAGUGGAAACCGUGAAAAAGAGGCAGCGUGCCUGAAACGCUACAACAAAAGAGGAGAUGGUGUGCUAGACCUAGAGGAGUUCCACAUGAUGUGCCUGGAUCUCUUUGUAGAAGAUGGCAAGAGCUGUGCUCUCUCAGAAACACAAUCAAGACAGAUAUUUGAACAGCUAGAUGAAAAUCAGGACAACUACAUUGACAAGGAGGAGUUUCACAUCCUGUGGAGAUACUGGCUUCCCAUGAUUCUUCAGGCCAAAGCAGCCCUCAUAGCAGUAGAUGUACAGAAUGAUUUCAUAGAUGGAUCAUUGGCAUUAACUGAUGCAGAAGCAAUUGUGCCUGUCAUAAACAGAAUUCUUGAAGAUGAGAGCAUGUUUGAGCAAGUCAUCUACACAUAUGAUUGGCAUCCAGAGAAUCACGUUUCAUUCCACAAGAAUGUCUGUAUGAGAGAACUUCACUCCACAUCAAAAAUCACGCAGAAGGAGAAGGCUUGUGUCUUUGAUACCGUAGUCUUUGAUGGGCACGUCCCCAUGGAACAGACGUUAUGGCCGGCCCACUGCGUGCAAAACACACAUGGGGCUAAGCUUCAUGCUGAUCUUAAGAUUGUGAAGGACCACGUGGACAUUUACAAGGGCUCGUGUGACCAUGUCGACAGCUAUUCUGCUUUCUUCGACAAUCAGCGGCUCGCGCAAACAGACCUGGCGACGGUGCUGUGCAGUAAGCGCAUCACGGACGUGUACGUCUGCGGUUUGGCAACGGACGUGUGCAUCAGGCACACGGCCAUUGAUGCAGCAAGUCUGGGUUUCAGGCCAUUUGUCGUGGAUGAUGCUUGCAGGGGGCAAACGAAGGAGAGUUGCGACAAGGCAAGGAGAGAGAUGGAAGAAGCAGGCUGUAUCAUGAUUUCAUCUACGCAAGUCAAGUCAAUGGUUGAAGCCAACACAAGGAUGCCCAAGGCGGCUCUCCAAGCUGCGGAGAAUGUCGCCCUCGCGAGACAGAAAGCAAAGGUCAAACUAGCGAGCAUCAACGGGGACCACGGAGAUAAACCAUUAUCCAAUGGCUUCGACGCAGCGACUUCCAACCUUCUGGACUUAUAAAAGGGGAUUGAAUGAAAUUCAGAAGAAAAUGCUUCUCCAUGUAGUCAUGGCAACAUCGUAUCAACCAAAAUCACACUCUGAGAUCAAGAUUGCAUAUCCUCUCUGAGUGUGGCCAAUUUGUGUCUUCAUGAUUACAACAUAUCUAUGCUAUGCCAUACAAUCAGUCAUGCAUAUAGUAAGGAUAGCUGUGUACCAACAAACAAAUCACUGAGACCAUAUGUCCAUCAAGGCAUAAAGAUUUCCAGCUGCUUUUGGUAAAUUUACAGUUUACCGGUAUAUUUCAGAUACCGUGUUCCUAAAAUUUUGACAUAAACGGACUUUGUGAUACAGGUAUUGUAACAGGGAGAAUACGUACCAUUUUAAGAAGCUUGAUUGUGGUAGGGCUCUAGUGUAACUGUUGAACGAAGCAAUGAUUAAACCUUUUCUGAAAUUAUUAAAGAAUGCUGCCUUUUUUCAAAUUGGAUGGAAUUAAUAUAUCGUUUAUAGCCUGUUCUCUUAUUAGAUAAUUUUUGGCCUUUCAUGUCUCUUCUGUCUUCAUACAGUUGAUAGCUUUAAUGAUGAGCAAAGGAGAGUGGUACUAAUUACAGGGAUAAUAGACUAAUAUAAAUAUCACUGUUUUUUACAGGUCUAUUUUCUAUAGAGUCUACAGGCAUCUUUGAGGCAUUUUUGACUUGUUUUAUACUACCAUGUACAAAGUAGUCACUUUUUUUAUGUGGAGGGACUCAAAGGUCUCAUGUAGACAUACCUCUAUUCUCUAUAGUGUACUACACAAUUAUUUGAUAUGUAUGUACAAGCUAAAUCAUGUUUUAAUUCAUGCCAUUUACAUAAUUACUGUCAUUCUAUGUGCAUGCAUGUGUGAUCAUAAAAGGAGGAUAAAAAGAAGCUCUAAAGUUCACCUCAUUUACAGUACUAAAAUACUUGUAUGUACAUAAGAUCUUAUAGGGUCAAAAUAAGUUUGAAGAAUACAAAAUUGCUGCCUGAUAAUUUAUGUAGGGGGCUUUAUGACGUUUUGGAAACAGGCUAAUUGUGCCAAGUAAUCUUUCAACGUAUUGGAAAAGUAUGCACCAUGUUAAUUUUGAAAGACUUUCAAAAGAAUUUUUCUUUCUCUUUUAACAAUAAGGUUGUAAUGAUUUGUUUCUUUUCUAAUUUACAUGUUAAUUAAAAGAGUUGUGUUGCUUGAAGAAGACACUCUUUAGGGAAUCUUUGGUAUUCUUAUUGCGUAAGCAAAUGGUACAUUUUUUUGUUUUUUGCAGGGGCGUAAUUUUUCAUGGGCUAAUUUAUGCCUAACAUCCCUGUUUAAGUCCAUGUAUCACUAAAGAUUCUCUUUUCUUUAUUUUUCAAAUAAGCACAGAGAUCAUCUCUCUCUCUCUCUCUCUCUCUCCUCCCUUCUCUUUUUUACUUUGUCAUUUGAAAUGACUUUUAAGUGCUCAGAUUAACUGUAGAACAUAAAAAUUGACAUGGAGCCAUUCAACCACCUUUUCAUUCUACAAAGUUUAUUUUAGCGCAUGAAAUAACUGAGAAAACACAAAAUUCAUAUCAUAACAUGAUUUAUGUAAAAAGCCAGAACUUAGAUCAAGUGAAUUAUGGGUAUUUGAAUUUAUAGUAUAGAUGAAUCUCGUUGAACUUUGUAUCAAAAAUAUUUUGCUGCUGGAAGGUGUACUAUUAUAUAGGAAUAAAUGAUAUGAAAAUUGUUAAUCAACAUAUCAUUGGAGAGGGAACUAAAGAUAUUUCAAGAUCAUACGAUAGGCAAUAUUUUUUUGCAUGACACAUGUACAUGUAGUAUCCUUUCUUGAUUUAAAUGCAUAUGAAUAAGGAUUUUUUUUCUUCUACGGGUCGGUGUAAGGAAAUACAUAUUGUAAAUUUUGAUAGUAUAUGCAACUGAAAAUUGGGUGACAUUGAAGAUAAAAGUACAUGGAGUCAUAUGUAUUACCAAAGAAAUAUUGUGUGUAUAUAUAUAUAUAUAUAUAUAUAUAUAUAUAUAUAUAUAUAUAUAUAAAAUUCAAAGUAUUAAGAACCUGGUAUUUACUAUUUGCAAUUAUGACCAGCAUCAAUGAUUCCCAAUUAUUAUUUUGAUUUGGACACAGGAGAUUCAGUAUGCAUGAUUAAAAUAUUGAUAUUCGUAUUAAAAUUUAGUCACUUUAGCUGAGAAUAUUUAGGAAGAUUUGCUUUUGAUAGUGAAAGCUGUGGCGGAUUAACUUAUUUUAUUGUUUUGAUAUGUUUAAUUGUAAAACAUUAAUAUAUUUAAAGUACAUGUAGAUGUAGAUGAUGAGCUGAAAGCCAUUUUCUUCCAUAAGUGGAAAGAAAUCUUUAACACCCCAUUGCACUUUAUUAAUGUCAUUAAAUGUGCAGAGCUUCGAACUGUAUCUUAUUGAUUCUUAUAAUAAUAUGGAUAUAUACCACCCAAUGGGCUAGUAAACUUAUUUCAGUUGAAGGUACUUGCAGGGUAUCUUGCUGCGAAAGUAAUUGCUUUUGUUGAAAUGACCAUAUUUUACACCAUAAAAAACAGAUAGGAAACCUGAAAGUGAAAAAAGUUGUUAAAUAUUAACAAUGAAUCCCAUUUAGGGGCAAACUGAUAUGAUAUAUCGCUACCUUCCGUAUCAUUUCAUUUUAAACUAAAAAAGAAUAGCCUCAAUUCUGUCAUCUGUUUUCUUAGACUUGGUAAUGAUCUAUUUCAUAAACUGAAAUCACAAAUGGAGACACAAUUUUAACCAGCAUUUUUCAUUAAAAUAAAAAUGUUCUUAAAAAAGAAAGUAUGUACUGACAAUGAUGAUCACGAUUCACAACACUUAAAUGCCAUGAUUUAAUCAAGUAGAUAUAAGUGUGCAUGCUCCUCAACAGAAUAUUUGAUAUUUAAGCAUGAUUGUAAGGCAUAUCAUGUUCUAGAUUGUAGGCUAUGACAUGUGAAGUGUGUGCCUUUACAAAGUCUCAUGAAUGUAAAAUUAAGUUUUAUAGGAUUUUUGAGCCAUCCACCACUCUGCUGUAUUCCACAUGUUUGUGCUCUUUUCAACAAUCUGAGUGCUUUCAAAUAUUACCAAUCAUCUCACAUUUCCAUCUUGUUUUUGUCCAAGAAAUUGUUUGUGUCAUUCUUUUUGCAAUCAUUAUCCAACCAUUAAGUGCUUGUACUAUGUGAUUUUAUCUCUAUAUUUAGGUGUUAUCAUUUUCAUGUUCUUAAUUGUUUAAUGUGUUUGAUGUUUAAGGUUUUUAUGUGCUGUGAUUUCUCUUUUAAGAUUUGAUUUUGUUGCCAAAAAAUGUUCUUGUCAUCAAUUGAUUUUAAUAACCAAUUGUAAAUUAUCAGAAUGUUGCCUUCAGACCAGAGUUUGUGUUUUUCAUGUACAUACUGCAGCAGCUUAUUACAAUCCUCGUAAUUAUUCCAAAUACAUGUUUACCGCCUUAAAUAUUUUCCUAUUAAAACUAGAUGAGACAGAUUAAACGCUUAUUCACAUGAUUUACAAUACAGUAAAUCUUAGAGUUUCCUGCGUCUGUGUCUUGCCGUAUUAUGUCUGAAAGAGCCUUACAGGGGCAAGACUCUGAUCUAUAUUAUGAUACAUGCAUCAUCAUCAUCUGUCUUGCAUUAUUCAAUGAAUAUCCUGAGUAUCAGGCUAUAUUACUUGAUGGAUUGUCUUGCUUUGAAAAUAUUUGAUUUUUCAUAUACUCCAAUUUUAUCAGUAUUAAGUUUUAAACCAUUAUUGUCUUUUAUGUAGGAAGCCCCACAUACUAAUUAUUUUGUUUCACAUGUAUAGUAUUACUGUACUGUUCAUUACUUGAUUGUAUUUAUACUUCUCCAACAUUAGGUUAUAUACGAUUUCAUGUAAAUUAUCUUGUCAAGUAAAUAUUUCGUGAAAUUCCUUAGAUUCUUUUUUCUUUUACUUUUAGCCUCACUUCAAUUAAGCAAUUUAAAUAUGCAUGAAAAGAAUUUAAAAUCAGCAUUCACAAAAUUAUUUGAUGUACCGUGCUAAUGGGUGACCAAAAUUUAGUUCAAGAUAUGAAAAUCAGAUUAAUAGAAGGAAACCAAAAAUGUUUACAUCGUUUUUUGCAAGCCUUUCUUACCAUUAUACAUGUAUACUUAUUUAAAGUCUUCUUUACUGUUCCUACCAGUCCUGUUUAGAAUUAAUAUCAGUUAAAAGAUGUUUGGAAACCUGGUAUCAAUAUGUUUGCCACUGUAAUUGCUCUUAGUUUAGAAUACCAUUACUUAAUCUUUUCAAAUGUUAAAAAGGACAGAUUUUGUUUUAGGUAAAUUUUUGGUUUCAUUUGAAAUCUGCAAUAUCCUUGUUAAUAACUUUCUUCUAUUGCUGAAUGGUAAUAAAUUUCUGCCUUAAUUACUUUUAUGAAAAAUGGAAAGAUAAUUAA